AUGUCUGACGUGAGCAAAAAACUGAGUGGGUUCCAAAAAAGGAAAAGAAAUGAGGAAAAAUUGCAGAAGGAAAAAGAGCUUCAGAAUGUUCCCAAGUUGGACUCAUUCUUCGCCUCUUCAAAACCUAGUACUAGUGCAUCAGCUUCUAGCGAUUGGAGUGACGACCACCAAACAACAAAUCUCGAAGCAGUCAUCGGAGAAGAUUCUGGUGAACAUUCUGAAUCGUACGCCGACACACGUAUUACUGCCCCAUCAAUUCCAUCUGUUAGUGAUGAUCCUGCCGAGUGGAUCCUGAACGAUACAACGCUCGAAUACUUAGUUCAGGAUGGCGUGAAACAAAACAUGGAUGCCGACUUAUCUUCUUCAAAGCACCGGUAUACAGAUAUAACCAGGUAUCUAUCAGUUUCACUCUUCAGCCAAAUAUUGCCCAAUGGUGAAAAACAACCUCGGCCCUGGCUAGUAUUUUCGAAAAGCAAGGGUACUGUAUUUUGUGCACCCUGUAAGAUGUUUGGGAAAUCAGGGUCACUAGCUAAUGAUAAAGGAUACAACGACUGGAAAAAUGCAGGCCAAAGAAUGAAGGAACCUGAAAACUCAGAUGAUCACAGGUCAGCAUGUGCAACGCUGUUAGCGAGGAAGGACACUGCCGGUAGAGUUGACAAAAGUCUUGUUCUCCAAACGGAAGAAGAGAUAAAAUACUGGCAUGAGGUUUUGUAUAAAAAUAGUGUUGUUAUCAUUCUGAAACUCAACAUACUUAUUUGUGUUGAAUCGUAG